UAAUAUCAAUCACCAUGUAAACCAAAAACCCUCUAUAAAAACAAAUCAACAAAGGAAGUAGAUGGCAAGAAGAGGGAAUGGAAAGACAGAAAAUGAAGUCGAGAGUUUUCAAAGUAGCCUCUGCACAAUCUUGGGAUUCCUUCGUCACUCAAACAUCCUCUGUUGUGGUGCAUUUUACAGCAUCAUGGUGCAGGCCUUCGGUCGCCAUGAAUCCUUUCUUUGAAGAACUGGCUUUGACCUACAAAAAUAUUUUGUUUCUCCUUGUUGAUGUCGACGAAAUUAAGGAGGUGGCAUCAAAGAUGGAGAUAAAGGCCAUGCCAACAUUUGUGUUGAUGAAGGAAGGGAGUCAAGUUGACAAGCUUGUUGGUGCCAACCCACUUGAGAUUAAGAAAAGAAUUGAUGAAGCAUUUGGGUGAUUAAGAAUUUAUGUUGUAAUUGAUCUAUAUAUAUAUAUAUUUAUAUUU